AUAUAAGCCGGUCGUUUAGUUUUGAUUGAUCAGUGCACGAAUUUGUUUGCUGAAUAACUAUUAUUAUUAUUAUAAUAUUAUAUCAUCGUCGUAAUCGAAAAACGCCAUCACUAUGAACGGAAAAAUUGUCUUGUGUUUCGCGGUCGUCUUUAUUGGACAGGCCAUGUCAGCCGCAACCGGUACUACACCUGAAGUCGAAGAUCUUAAAAAAGUUGCUGAACAAAUGUCACUAACUGUUAUGUCUGUUGCCAAUCACGUAAUGGGAAUCGCCCCUAACUCUGCCGAUGCCCAAAAAUCCGUUGAAAAAUUUAGAACUGUAAUGUCUAAAGGAUUCACAGACAUUGAAACCGAAGCUAAUAAAAUGAAGGAAAUCGUUCUCAAAAACGCUGACGUGAAAUUGGUUGAAAAAUUCAAUGACUUAGAAAAGGAGUUGAAAAAACAUUUUAAUACUGCCAAAGAAAUGUUGGAAGAUAAAGUCAUCAAGCCCAUCGGCGAAAAGGUAGAAUUAAAGAAAAUCACCGAAAACGUUAUCAAAACAACCAAAGACAUGGAAGCUACCAUGAACAAGGCCAUCGACGGAUUUAAGAAACAAUGAUUGUUUUAAAAUGACGUGUGACUAAUCCAAACAACAAUUUUUAUAUUUUUUUUAACUAAAUUAUUUUUCUUUAUAAAAUCUAUUUUUAUUCCUGUUUUUUGUUUUUUUAAAUAAAAUAUAAACCUGAGUUAAUA